AUUGCUCUCAAAUAGGAUGUUCCUAUCUGGUUUGGUAUUGCUCAGUUGUUUUGCCCUGGGAUUGGCCAAUAUUGAGGGGACCGACCAGCCCCAGGGGACCUGUCUGUGUGUCACAACUAAUGGCGUAAAUGUAAGGAAUCCGGCAUGUGGAACUGUCGUGGGUUCAACAAACUUGGGUAAUUGUUACGUUGCAUCAGGCAACAACGAGUGGUGCACCCUGGAAACCGGCCUCCAUCAUUUCUUCCAAGUAGAAGACUUCAAUGGAUCACCUGCCUGGAUUGCUGGUUCUUUGCUGAAUACAGCCACGCCAACUGACUGCAACACAACUCCGCCUCCCACGGGCGAAGAAUUCCGCAGUGUGUGGAUCUCCACUGUACACAACCUAGAUUGGCCAACAAGCCGCACGGCAACUCCUGCGCAGCAACAAGCCGACCUGAGGGGCAUAUUUGACCACAUGGUACAACUAAACAUGAACGUUAUGAUCUUUCAAAUAAGACCAGUUGGUGACGCCCUCUAUCAGUCUAAUAUUGAACCAUGGAGUUUUUUCUUGACAAACUCACAAGGCACUGCUCCAAACCCAAUCUGGGAUCCACUGGCUUUUGCCAUCACUGAAGCCCAUGCGAGAGGAAUUGAACUACACGCUUGGUUGAAUCCAUAUCGGGCCAACUUAAGACCAAAUACAGAUGGACUGGCUCCAAACCAUAUGGCGUUUAGGUACCCUGAUUUUGCAUAUCCCUAUGGGAGACAAUUGUGGAUGGACCCGGGAGUGACCGUAGUCCAGGAUCACCUUCAUACUGUCGUUAUGGAUGUACUGAAUAGAUAUGACGUGGACGGAAUUCACUUUGAUGAUUAUUUCUACCCAUACCCUGUCAGCGGAGUAGACUUCCCUGAUGCACUCACAUAUGCUGGGUACAUUGCUGAUGGUGGCACCCUAUCACUAGCAGAUUGGAGACGAGACAAUAACAACAGAAUGGUCCAAAGACUACAUACGAGCAUCAAGGCAGCCAAACCACAUGUCAAAUUCAGCAUCAGCCCCUUUGGGAUUUACAGACCCUGUCAAACUGGUGGGAUGCCAUGCUCCAUUAGAGGAUUCGACCAAUAUAGUGGCUUGUAUGCAGAUCCCAAACUCUGGUUGGAGAAUGGAUGGAUGGACUACCUUGCUCCACAGCUAUACUGGGAGAUAGACCCUCCAGCGCAGAGCUACCCUGUUCUGCUAGACUGGUGGCUUCAGGUGAACACGCAGAACAGACACGUCUAUGCUGGCAAUGCGGUCUACAAACUAAUCAACAAUGAUUGGCCUGCUAAUGAGAUAGUCAACCAGGUAGGGGUAUCCAGACAAUGGGCGGAUAGGCUAUCCCUUGGCAAUGUCCUCUUCAGGUACGGCCAACUAAGGAGCAAUACAAAAUCAAUAAGUGACCUCCUCAGACAAGGCGUUUAUAACCAGCCUGCUUUGAUUCCAGAGAUGUCAUGGCUCCCAAACUCUCUGAUCCCUAAUGACCCAAUCAACAUACAGUACAACAGUAGUACGCUAACAUGGGACCUCCCCAAAGGCCCAGAUGUGAGGUUUUAUGCAAUUUACACAGAGAACAGGGGACAGAUGCUACUGAGAAAGGUGCUAGGGGCGGAGACAAGACACGAGCGACUCCAAAUCACUGCUGGUAAGAUCGGAGUACAAGCUAUUGGUAAAGGUGGAAGAAGAGGGAAGGUGAUCCUGAUAAAAGUGGACUAACUGGAAUAUGUUCAACUAGAAUCCAUCAUGGUGCGAUUUGUACUAUAUUUAGAAAUAAAAUUAACAUUAUAUGCGUUUACGUAGCAAACUGUUACCAACUACAUCCCCAAUCCGCACUCUAAAAUCACGGUACCGUACGGUCCAUUUGGAGAAUGGUACCGUAUGGUACCUUCUGAGAUGGAGCUGUACACUGUUCACGCUACCGUACGGUUUUAGUCUACGGUGGAAAGUUUACGGUACGGUACCGUGGGGUCCCAUACUUCACGGCACCGUACAGUACUGUAACCAAAACGGUAUCGUACGGCAUUGGAUGUGUAAUUGCACACAGUAUUGAAAAAUGAAAGCAUUUCUUAAUUU